GGUUUAUCCUGCGAGCGCGCUCACUCACCCACCUCAGGUUUCCGCACGCAGAAACGGAGCUCUGCAAAUCUUCCAUCUAUCGGUUGAUCCUGCGUUUUAGUGCAAUUUAACCUGCAUUUACCGUACAACAUCACAAUGCCCAAAUCCAAGGAAAUGUUGUCCUCUACAUCAGAAAGUGACUCUGAUAGUGAAGUUGACACAAAGGCCAAGAGAAAAAAGCAGGCAACACCAGAGAAGCCAUCAAAGAAACAAAAGAGUGGAGAGACAUCAAAGGUGUCAGCAGCCUCCAAAAGCAGCAGUAGCAGCAGUAAAAAUGAUAAUAUGUUUCAGAUAGGGAAGAUGAGGUAUGUGAGUGUUCGGGAAUUCAAAGGCAAAGUGCUGAUUGAUAUUCGGGAAUACUGGAUGGAUCAGGAAGGUGAAAUGAAACCAGGGAGAAAAGGUAUUUCCUUAAACCCAGAACAGUGGAACCAGCUCAAAGAGCAGAUCAGUGAGAUCGAUGACGCCGUGAGGAGAAUAUAAGACCUGCCUGGAGUUCACUAGCUACCUGGAUUCUUUUUUAAACAAAUUGUAAUUCUACAGUUCUGCCUAUGCUUUUUAAGGCAAAUGUAUUGAUCAAGACCAGAUUGUAUGUGUUUUAGAUUAGGGUUUCUUAAAAAAAGUUGUUCACUGUAUUCUUUUAAUAUUUGGAGAGUUUUUCAAAGGGGUUGACUAGAGGGAUCGUGUGUAAGUUUGUGCUCUAAAUUUCCAAUAAAGGUGAUAUAAAUGGA